AUGUCUGUCCAGAAGAGUGCGACCAUAUCUCGGAAGAGACAGCGAGACAACGAUGCAGCAGGUCCAGCUAAGAAGCUGAGGAGAAGUAGCGAAGAGACAGACGAUGGUUCAGACGACAAAGGAAUACAGAGAGGAUCGUUACGAGCCCCGACUAAACACACGAAGCAGGAACGAAAGAAGAAUCGAUCUUCACGAAUCCAUUCCCUUCGCAAGCUGCUCGCUCGUAGCAGUUUGCCCAGCACAAUUCGGCAGGAGAAGGAACGAGAGCUGGCAGCUCUACUACACGACCAAGGAAAAGCGCAACAGAAGAAGCAGGCCAAGAAGGUGCUCGAAAAAUACCAUUAUGUUAGGUUCAUCGAGAGACAGAAAGCCGAGAAGAGAUUGAAGCAGUUACGCAAGCAAGCACAAGCGGAGGGCGAGGACGAAGAGCUGAGCAAGAAGAUACAUGAAAUGGAGGUCAGUCGCAAUUAUGCUAUAUAUGCGCCGCUUGACCAGAAGUAUGUUUCAGUAUUCGUACCAAAGACACAAGGUGACGAGGAGGAGGAGAACGUGUCACAAGACCCUGCCACACGGAAGCCAGAGAUGUGGCAUGUGGUAAGAGAGCUGAUGGCUCAGGGUCAAUCUCAGCUAGAGGCUCUUCGCGACGGAAGUACGAAAGAAAAGAGAGUGAUGUCCGACGAGGACAACAAUGUCCAGCAUUCAGCAGGUCGUUCUGCUGAGAAACUAGAUAGACGGAAACGCAAGCUGCCAUCACAGCAUCUAGCUGGCGACAAAAAAGGACAACACCAGGCAAUAGAGACCUCGGACGACGAGGAUGUCAUAGAUGGUGGUUUCUUUGAGCGAUGA